CCACAAGGGGUCAGUUGACUCGAUUUGAGACGCACCCUGUGAGAAUUAAAACAUGGCAACCACGAGACCGGAAAUCACGUGGAGAGGUGUGUGUGUUGAUGAUUAGCUCGUUUGCUGGAAGCUUGUUUGUAUAAAUUGAAUAUUGCUUAAUUAUGUCUGUAAAACGGAAUCUUCCGGCCUGGAUGGUGGGAUCUGAUCCUAAAGAUGAGCAGGUCAGAGAGUCUCUGAAGAGGAAACCGGAAGUAAACACGAACAAACGUGUACGAAAAAAGCGCAUCAGAAGGAUGAUGAUGUACUGGAUGAAUGAAAGGGAGCUCGUGGAAACAGCACUCAGUGUUAUAAAGAGAGACAACACAGAGGCAGCUGCAGCAGACAGAUGUGCUCCUCUCAACACUGAAAUGACCGUGAUCCCAGAGACCGAUCAUGAAGAGACGACAGACUCGGAUGUUUCGGAUCCAGCCGUGGGUUUCGCCGAGCAGGAGACUGUACCAUACACCGAGUGUAUAGAGAAGAGAAAUGAACAGCCUUUAGCUUCGUCAGCAGGUGAGGACAAAGAGUCUGGGGAGGACAAAUCUCAGAGUGAUCCUGAUCAUGAAGCUCUGGAGGUGCUGAGAGACAUCUUUUUCAGCUGACACUGAAGGGUUUGUGUCGCCUGCACCAUAUCUGAUGAACUGCUAAUUAAGGGAUGACACCAGAUUAAUCUGUAUUAGUGUCCUCUGUGUGAAGCCUUCAGUCCAGCGUCAGCUACACUGUUUCAGACGGAAGGAAACGGAGGAGAUCUAGGGAUAUAUAUUUGGUAGCGAAUUAAUCAUUAAAUGUCGUUGGACAUAUGGAACAUAUUCGACAUACUCUCUGGAAGUGUAUUGGAGUCAUGAACACUGUUCUUUUAGAAGACAUUGCUGCCAGGAUGAUGGUGGUGUAGAAUUUUCCCUUCAAUAAGUAUUCAAUUAAGUUGAGAUCUGGUGACUAUAAAAGCCCAUAGCAUAUGAUUGACAUCAUUUUCAUCCUCAUUAAACCAUUCAGUGGACCUGUGUGCUCUGUGGGAAUGGGGGUGGAGUCAUGAUGUUGGACACCAGGAUAUGAAUGUUAUGGAUUCAGGUGAUCAACUUGAUUUGCAGUGUUUCCUGUCUUUAAGGGCAACAAGUGGACUUUUAACCAUACCAAAGGAAAACGGAGCCUCUGGAGUACCUUGGUGACUUUACCCAGUUUGAUCUUGUAGACACCCUUAUCCAGAGCGACAUACGUUUUUUUCCUCAUUUUAUACAAGUGACCAAUUGAGGUUUAAGGGUCUUGCUCAGGGGCCCCAGAAGUGGCAGCUUGGUGGACCUGGGAUUCAAGCUCACAAGCUUAACCACUAAGCUACUACAUCUCAUACACCCCAUGUGCAGUCACACAUUCGCACUACCCGAGAGGACGUAGAAUGACUAAUGGCUUUUCCACCAGUGCUCAUUUUUUAUGCGUUCAGCUGUGUAACUAGUGAUUUAUACUCCACAGCCCUGCUUUCUUUCUAUGAUUCACUGAUUUUUGUUGACCGUCUCAUUAGGCCCUGCAGUGCCUCGAAGAACUUUUGCUGUUCUGUUUUAUAAAAAUAAUAAUACUGAGGGUGUGAAGCCUUUAUAAUCGCCACACAUCCAUUACAGCACAGUGGAAUUCUUUUUUUUCGCCUAUCCCAGCUGAGGAAGUUGGCGUCAGAGCGCAGGGGCAGCUAUGAUACAGCGCCCCUGGAGCAGAGAGGGUUAACUGCCUUGCUCAAUUGCCCAACAGUGGAGCUUGGUGGUGCUGGGGCUUGAACUCCGCUCAACAACCCAGAGCCUUAACCACUUGAGCCACCACAUGAUGCCUGUUAAAGCAAGAGCAUCAUAUGUUUUCAACCACAAUGGCCUUUCAUUUUUCCUUUCAAAAUCUGAAUGCAUACAUCACUUCAAUCACACUUCUUAUCAAAACACAGUUAAUCGAACAGACUUUAUAUCUGAAGUUCUCGCCAUCCGGCUCAAUAACGAUCCCUAGUUCAACAUUUUUUUUCCUCUUGCCAUCUUGAGCCAAAAUCAAAGCCUCUUAUACAUACUACAGAUUAUCACAGGAUGCCAAUUACUGUGUAUAUAACAUAUAUUGUGUGUGU